CCUUUUUAAGAAACUCUAACCUAGAUACCAAGAUAGUACAACCGCGCCGCCCGACGCUCCGUCGGCCCCCUUCUGCCCGCCGAGGCGCCCCAGUCAGCACGGCCGCCACCAUUGCGACCCACGCGCCGCCCGGCCUGCCGCCGCCCGCCCACCAGGACCGGCCGGAGCGGCAGGACCGGCCCGACCCCAUCCUCGCCAAGAUGCACAUCGAGGUGCAGGUGGCGCUCAACUUCGUCAUCUCCUACCUGUACAACAAGCUGCCGCGGCGCCGCGUCAACAUCUUCGGCGAGGAGCUGGAGCGCGCCCUCAAGGACAAGUUCCGCGGCCACUGGUACCCCGAGAAGCCCUUCCGCGGCUCCGCCUUCCGCUGCCUCAAGACCGGCGACCCCAUCGACCCGGUGCUGGAGCGGGCGGCGCGCGAGAGCGGCGUCCCCGUGCAGGACAUCCUGGAGAACCUGCCGCACGAGCUGGCCGUCUGGGUGGACCCCGGCGAGGUGUCGUACCGCAUCGGCGAGAAGGGUGCCGUCAAGAUCCUGUUCAGCGACAAGCACGACCUGUCCGACGACCACCUGGCGGACCGCGAGGUGACCAAGACGUUCAACCCCGAGGCGCAGUGCUUCCGUCCCAUCGAGGCCAUGCAGUCCAUGCAGCCCAUGCAGCACGCGGCGCCGCACAACGGCCACAACGGCCACAGCGGCCACAACAACGCCCCAGCCAGCCGCCGUCGCCCUUCGAGAACGGCGGCCUCGGCAUGCGGCCACGCCAACGGCCACGCCAACGGCCACGCCAACGGCCACGGGAACGGCGUGCUGAACAGCGUGGUGACGUCGCCGUCCUCGGCGCCCAGCCCCAUCCCCUACAAGGGCUCGCCCAGCCCCGUCACGCCGUUCCUGCCCAGGUCCUCCGCGCCGCUCACCUUCACCACGGCUACGUUCGCGCAGACCAAGUUCGGCUCCACCAAGCUCAAGACCAACAGCAAGCGGGCCAACAGGAUGUCCCCCACGGAGUUCUCCAACUACAUCAAGCAGCGGGCCAUGCAGCAGCAGCAACAGCAGCAGAUGCACCACCACCCCGUGGGCCCCGUGGGCCACCACCACCUGCCGCCGCCGUCGCAGCUGUCCCCGCAGGGCGGCCCGGGCGGCGCGGGGCCGCACCGCUCGCUGUCGCCGUCGCUGCUCACAGACAGCUUCUUCUUCCCGUCGCAGUACCAGCAGCACCAGCCGCACCAGCAGCACCAGCAGCAGCACUUCGGCGGCCGCGGCAUGUACGACUCGAACAGCCACGGCCCCAGCCCGUUCCUGGACAUGUACUCCUCCAACAAGGGCUACUCGUCCUUCAUGGAGCACAACAGCUACUACGGCGGCUCCGGCUUCGGCUCCGGGACGCCGACUCCGGGGCCCAUCGGCUCCGGGCUGUCGGCGGGCGGCGCCGGGUCGGGCAGCCACAGCCCGGGCGUCAUCGGCGGCGGCGUGGGGUCCUCGUCGUCCUCGUCCUCGUCGCUGGGCGGCGUGGGCUCGGCGGGCGGCAGCGGCCAGGCGCAGUCCCAGGCCGAGAAGCAACUCCUGGACGGCUUCAGCAACUUCAGCCUCAGCCCGCACCCCAGCAACAGCCAGCAGUACCAACACCUGCUGGUGGCCAACUAGAGCAAGCUAGACCUGCGAGGCUAGCGAAGCGUCCGCCGGCUCGGUUACGCUUAGUAGUUGACUUAUUUUUACCUCUUUUGUAUUGUUUUUUUCCUCGUCAGUGCUUUGGGUGAAGCACCGGGGUGGAAACGUUCGGCCUGUGUACCGUUCGGUCGCGGGUUCGAUCCCCCGCAGAGGCGAGCGUUUUUCUUUCACCUGGUGUUGCACUCCCCACACUGCCCUUACCUCGUAUGUUUAUAUUUUGUUCGUCUGUUUCCUGUUAUUGUUUUUUUUUGAAAUAUUUUAAUUUUUGUUUGACUUUUGUAGGAAUUGAUUUGCCGUUUUUGUGACGACUUUUAGCUUUUUCUCGUUCGCCUUACGGAAAUGGUUUCAUAUCUGAUCUGAGUAAGCUGGUGAUUUCCUUGGGCCGUCUCUGUGUACCCGAGCGGCACGCGUUCAGUGUAAUUUAAAUAACUGUGGAUAUUAUUGUGGGUUCAUUUUUUAUUUUUGUAUCUCUUUGUAAUAAAAACCAGUGUGAAUGUGUUAUAAAAAUCAAGAUGUGUAGAAUGUAUGGAGAAUACCCGGGGAGAAAACGCAGAGCUAAUGGAAUUCUCGCGCAUCGUCAAAGACGAAUGGGUGAUGCUGGUGUGUCGAACCGCAUUCUUAGUACUGCGCCAGUGAGCAGAAAAAAAAAUUGUCCAAAAAUUAUUGAAAAGCUGUGUAAAUUUUGCUAGCAAAGUUCCUCAUUUUCUGGAUAAACUUUCCCUUUUUUCGAAAUUUAGAUGUAUUGAUUCUCCUUUUCAUUUCGUUAUUCCCGGUCUCGGCCGGAAUAUCGACCGGGCCUGCUCUGAUCGCGUCUUCGCGUUAGUUUUGCGUUUGAACGUUUUCUACCACGAUUAUUCUCACCUUCGGCAUAGGCUCAUGAAUACAGUAUUACUUUUGUAUCACAGAAACCGCCGGCUGGUUUCUUGUUCGCGAGUUUGCAGGUUAAUUUUCAACCGUACGCAAAGACACUACCUGUUAUCUGCGGCUCACGUCUCCAAACCUGUACAGAACAUUGGGCUGCAGACACCUUAGUACAAUUAUAAAUUAUCGUCUGCCAAAGGCCCCGUUGAGCGUGGAGGUGGAUUUUGUUGUAUACUGACAAUAUGGACACCGUACAAGUUCCGUACUGCGUGUCAUAUUGCGGGAAAAUGUAACCAGGAUAUAUUUUUUGUAAUAAACAACAGUUUUAUACGUUCUUUUAAAACAUAAAGUGUUAUGUCAUUUGAUAAUCUAAUUUGGGUUACGUGUAUAUGGGGAACUGAGAUUUGCGAUCUGGCCAAACAUAAAAACGCCUCAUUUUUGUUGCGUUUUGAUUUCUUUCUUUUUUUUCCUAAUAUAAUGAAACACGAGACGAGGUAAAGUCCGGUACCCCAAGCUACCUCACCGCCAGCUGAGAAGUGGCGCAUAUCGCUGGGCCACUUGUUUACCUCGCAUGUGUUGAUCGCUUAAUGACGGCUGUGGUUCGAACCUUUAAGAGCCUCUUGGAAUAAUCUCGUUCUACUGAUACAAACUAAGCUAAGUUUCAAUAAGCAUGAUGCUAGCGUAAUGGUGGGGAAUGGUGGCAUUCUUGACUCCAAAUCGGCGGCUGUGUGGAGACUGGCAGAGACCGCUGCCCGCCGGGCCUUGCCCAAGGCCUUGCCCGCCCAUCGGGCGUGUCCGAACCCAACGCGGGGCGCCACAGCCGCGUCUUACACGAGACGACAUGUAAAAUGUGCCUUGCCGCCGUUUCUUCUGAAAGUAUACUGUUUGUUAUUUUUUAAACGACUAAUAGAAAUUGGAUGUGUUUUAAAAUAAUUCUGCACGUUUAGUACUUUUUUAAGGGUAGUCGAUUGCGUAGGGGAUGUGAGGUUUUCGUUCAGCGUGGCCGAGGAGGGCGUCGGACAGUUAGGAGUCGGCUGAAUGAAGGACAACACUGUGCCUCGGCGGAGUCCGUGAGCACCUGCCAACCUCUGCAAACUUGUCUGGUGCAAAAUCUAUCAUAACAAGGAGCAUCCUUUUCUUCUUAAAUAAAUUUUUUAUUGAUUUUUGUACGAUAUAAAUAAAUGUAAUAAUAUAGUCAGUGACAAAUUAUCAGGAAGGUAGUUUUCAUAGCCAGGAGCUUUGAAAUUUCCAAAAAAAAUAUUAAAAGAGAAACAUGCCCAAAAAAAAUCAAUUCAACUAUGUGAUGACCCUUAUAGAAACAUAAAAUAAAGAUUGCAAGUGUGUUACUAUGACAAGUAUAUUUCUUAUCGUUACUCAAAUUGUUUGCUGUAUACAUUCGGUGUCUUUUUCAAAUUUAUGUAACUUACUCUGUCGGUAUUAGAUGAAAUGUUGUAUGGCCUACUUUGUGAACCACGAAUCCUUGUAUUGCACUAUUGUUAAUUAAGACUUGGGCUGCUCUGAGUUCUUUCAUGGACUGAGGGUACUUGGUGUUGUGGGGCAGAGCAGAGGGGACACUGCCCAGAUCAUUCAAAAAUGAUUCCAGACUCCCCCGCGGAGACGACUAGAACGAACCCGACGCGAUGUCCCCAAGGUUGCGAAUCCCUCGCUCGAACCUCGCUUGCCGGUCCUGUUGGUCCAGUCCCUAUUCGCCUCGUGAGGCUCGUGAGACGGGCCAGUAGCACUGAGAUACGCUUCGUUGGUGUUUCGCUUUUUUCGAAUCGCAUCCAAAAUGUAUUAUGUAUACCUAUUUCCCUAUCUUGCGAGUUGUAGUUGUAUUGCCUUUCUCAGAGGCCUUCAUCGCGUAGACAAAAAACAAAAGUAUUAGUAAAUGUUUUCGAAAUUGUAGGCAUAAAAAGUUAUCUACAUGAACGUAGACUCGUGUUUUGGAUCUUGAUCUUUAUGUAUACAUAUAUCUAUAUAUAAAACCUAUACGUUUAGAUGUUUACUCGUUGUGUACAUUCGGUUUGAUAUCUUCCGGGCCGGUUCAAAGUUUAUCGAGAUGGAAGUGCAGUCAUGCUUUGUGUUCAGAUUCAUCCCGGUGAUAUGGAAAGAUUUCUCAGGGUGCCCGGAUACCUUUGAACGAACGCCCCGUAGCCCUUGGGGCCUUCGGUUUAGCUUCCAGACAGGCGACCUGUACACUAGCAGUACGGCAGAUCCUCCCGACGCUUUCAGGCCGCAGCUGCAUUAGGUCUAACUCCUUCCAUGCACCCAGAGAGAGUUUUUAGUCCUGUAGCUUCGCGGGUAACUGUCCCAUUCCGAACCUUCCAUGAUCGGGUACAGAACGCCAAGGCAUAAUUUAUGUAAUUUACACUGACUUACUUAAAAUAAUAUACCAAAAAAAUGUACUGUGACAGAGCCACCGGGCUAAAAUAUCUUUCAGAUCAUUGAUAUUUGAGUUCCUUCUCUUUAAGUGGAUUGUUGAUUUUUUUCCUUAUGCAAGUUACAGAGCAACAGUAAGGGAUACCUAUUAAGUUAAACCAAAGUGAAUAGUGACGUUACGUUACCUAAAUUUAUUAACUUUCAAACUGAUUGUAGUUUUUACGCCAUACGCUCAGUGAGUGUAUAUAAUAUAUUAAAUACUUUUUUACGUGUUCUAUUAUUUUUCCAACUGUUCAAUGAAUAUAUUUAUAUAAAGUGACUCACAGUAUGUCCAGCAGGAUUACAAAUUUUUAUAUCAUUAAAUUUGUACAUUAGUAUUUUUCUACAGUGCUUAGUUUCUAGGAAAGUUCAUAGACUUUUGUUGCUUUCAUUUUUGUUGAUUUAAUUCUUUUACGUUUUUGUAUUCAAGUUUUUAUAGAUUAUAUAAUUUUUAUUAAAUUUUUAUUUUUGUUGUUUGUAACUCUUAUGGUUUUGUCAUCUUGAACCUGUUUGAAUCUUUCACCAGACUAGUCGUCUUUCUUAACAAUUUGGAAUAUGGGGGAAGGCCGUGGAGGAAGGGGGAGGGGGGCGCGUCUGUCUUGGUCUGUCGCCAGCAGAGAGCCAUGCAUGAGUCGAGACAUGAGCGGGCAACAACAGGAACGUGCUUUCGUCUUUCACGCAAUAAAGGUAGGGGGGUUUGCGGUGGUGUGCCGCACCUUUGGAACUGAAAUGCUUAACUAGAUACACCCAUUGGAUGGAAUCCAGCCACGCUUGAAGCUCCGCUGUGAUUGGCUGUGAUAGGCGCAGUGACGUCAGUCAGUGUGAUUGUGGGUCCUCUCGAACUGUGUAGGCUGUGGUGGACGGAGCAAGAAGCCUGAUGCGCGAAGGAACUGUUAGCUGCCACCCCGUAGCGAAGUUGCUAACUUUUUUUUGGCCAUCGUCUGUAAUAUUCUCUUGAAAACAUUUAUAUUUUGUAUUUUUUUAAACGUCUCUUAACUAUUUAAACUUAUUUGAUGUGCUGUGCGGAUAAGAAUGCACUUGUUAAUCCCAUCAUGUAAGGCUUUUCGGAGUGUAAAGAUACGUGUUGUAUAGUCAUCUGUAAAUCUGUAAUUUCGUGAAGUGCAUGGUCAUUUCGUUCGUUUUUUACUUUUGUUAGAAAACCCGUACAAACUCCCUCAUUUCAUCGCUCUAUGACAUUUUGUAUUUUCGAUUUUUCUUAUUGUUAACCGCUUUUAGAUAUUGCAAUUUUUUCAUCUGCGUAUGUAUUCGAUCCUCUGUAAUUUGGUUUAUGUGUUUUCACUUUUUUUUACCAAAUCUUUAUAUUCGUGUUGAAACGUUUAGAGCGUUUUCAGUUCCAUAACAUAUUUUAUCUUUUAUACCCUAAUUAUUACGAUUUCACGUCUGUUUCUUACUGUGUAUCUGGAAAUAAAAUCAUAAGUAUUGUCACGGAA